UGUUUGUGGAAUGCGCACACAACGACCUGCCGUCCUUCCUCUGGCCGCGCAGUGUUGACCGUGGCGCACAGAAACCGUAUUUUGACAGGAGCACGCCGGAGCGGGAGCGCGCGGUCAUGCUGAGGCAAAUGCUCCUGAACUCCACUGCGGCCGGAGCGCGAGGCUUCCACCUGAUGACCCAGACGCACGCGCCGCCGACGACCCUCGAAGUCUCCCAGGGGCCUUCCCUGAGCGUGUCGGCUCUCCUCAAACCCACCGGGCGAGGUGGCGGCAGUGGUGGACUGCGUGAGGGCGAGCUGAGCAAACCGGACCUUGCGACCUACGUGGUAAUGUGCCUAGUGCUGUUCCUGCUAGUGCUGCUGAUCGUGUUCUUCAUCAACUGUCAGCUUCGGAACUCGUUUUUUGCUUCUAUGCCUUACGAUCGGUCAUUGCGCGAGGCACGGAGUUCUUACAAAUGAUUUAGAACAAUGCUAUGAACCCGAGUAUGGAUCUCAAGGACACUGCGAUCCGGACAUAAACUGGGAAUGUAUUGUUCUGAGCUUUCCCUCUGUAACUUGUGGAGUGUUGAACGGUGGA